ACGAGAACCAAAUCAGGCAAUAGAAGUUAUUAUUAGAUCUCUUGAUGUCAGUAUUUUGAUCAAUUUUCCUAGGACAAACAUCAAUCAAAAUCAGUUUCCCUGUAAGAUUUGGCACUCCAGAGGCAAAUUUGUGUAACAUUUAUUUUUUUAUGUAUCAUCUUCAGCCCAUAACUGUGACAUGAUUAAAGGGAGGGGGAAAAGCGCUUGAGUGCAACCACAUAUUUACUUAACCUGGCAUUAAUGAGAAGCUAAGGGAAUUGAAGGAGCCGGCUGUUGCAUUUUUCUUGAUCGCGCUGUAGAGCUCACACGAUUACCUUUCAAGUCUCUGAGACCUCCUACCUUCUCUCUGCACCCACACAUGCUUGCAAGACACUCUCCACAGCUUGAUUCUUUCCACCCUCUCCUCCUGGGCUUCUAUCAGGUGAGUGUUUUAAUCCUGAGGUAAUUAUGAGAGAAAGGAGAGGGAGAAAAAAACAAGAGUGCUAAAAGACAGAUGGAGGAGGGCCUACGUCGAGCAUACAGGCUGCUGCCUCCAACUCUGACAUUUGUCGUGUUAGUGAAGGAUGCAGUCGCUUGGGCUUUUCUAGAACUUAGCGCAUUAAUGAAAUGAUGACAAGAGAAGAAGAGGGCCGUGGAGGAGAGAAAGUCUAAUCUCUGAUGUGUUAAUGCUGCUUAUUCAAAGAAGCCUUCCAUGUCCCAGAUGUGGGAUUUACAUACGAUAAUUGGUGCUGUAACUAAGUCAUAUAUUAUCAGGAGAAUUAUUUUGUAGUGUUCUGAGUUGCGGCACAUUUCUCUCUGCAUUUGAUAGAUGUGAUUGUUCUUCCUUUCACUCCAAACUAGUGUGGGAACUGUGCAUUGUCAAACUCAAGGUUGUUGUUCCUCACCUUCAUGUCCUCUGUUGUCACUGUUGCUAUGGUUGUAGUGUGCCGCAUAUGCUGUCAAGAUCACUUUUAGCCUAGUGCUGUGCUAAUGAGAGUUUGGCUCUCUUCCGUAGAGAUCCUUGGCGCUAGAGAUGUUCACGCUGGCUCAAGGCCGAGGAGGUGUCGGCCAGAGACGUUCCAGUUCGAAGAGGGCUACCAGGUCUCAGAGCACAUCAAAAAGACCCAGAGGACCUCGUAAAAGUCUGUGUAAAGCCAGGAUGAACAGUGCUGCUCAUAGCCUGGUAACAGUGGCAGGGGACCAGGAAUGCACAACGCAGCAGGUCUGUGCACGACCCGAUGCUUCUGAGAUGAUCCCAGGACAUAUAAGCACUCACACUGCAUCCUCUCUGACCACCUACAAGUCUGAACCAGAUAACGUUUAUGCAUAUGCCUAUGAAAACAGAAAACAGAAAAGCAGAAAGAAGAACAGAUUGUCUCGAGAGGAUCCGGACACCAGUGACAAAGAAGCCCCCGAUGGUUCAAAGGUUCCAGUUGUGUGUCUUGAGCGACUCAAGAUCCUAGUUUCACGACAUCCACCACAGAACCAUCAGGGCACAGACCUUACUUCUCAUUCUGAGCCUGGACUCAAACCUGAAGAAACUGUCUUCAGGGUGCUAGAGAGAAUGGUCACUUCUCAGGGAACUUUGGAUAAGGAGUCAGUUCAGACAGAGGACAGUGUGUCGCCCACAGAGCAGCUAUCACCAGAACAUCUGCAUAGCAGCGAGUCAUCUAGCUCCCUUGAGGUUUCUCAGCCUCCUGCACAAGAAUUUUGCAACAUAAACCAAGAGUCCGUGGUACUAGCCAUCUCCAAUGAUUCAGAUCCCGUCUUACAUCCAGACACUGAAGAAAUACACUCCCCAUCAGAACUCAGAUCGGUGACAGGUUCUGAUUUCCAAACUGAAUUCAUAAGAGAGGCUGAGCCGGGCUCGGAUGCAGACGUGGAAUCAGAACUCCUGCAGGAAUCAGAUCCGAGCUCUCAAUCUGAACUGCAGGUCGAAUUUGAAUCGGAUGUGGUUUCGGAGCAGCCUUCUGAAUCGGUGCUCUCAGCUUCGGAACAAGAAUUUGAAUCAGAUCCAGAUUCCACAGCCGAAGUGACUCUGAAUCUUGAACCGGAGUCUGAAUGGGAAGCGGAGCAGCCGGUUCUUCCACCUGCUGCUGACUCCGAGACUGUAUCAGAACCUGCCCUUGAACAUCAAUCUGCAGAGGAAUGCCCUGAGAUAGAGAAUGAGGACUUCUGUGCGGUCUGUCUCAUCGGAGGAGACCUUCUCUGCUGUGACCAUUGCCCCAAGGUCUUUCACCUGUCAUGCCAUGUCCCUCCUCUCCAUAGUUUCCCUAUAGGUGACUGGAUUUGCACCCUGUGCAGGGAUGUGGAGCAGCCAGAGGUGGAAUAUGACUGUGAGAGUGACCAGAUGUCCACAGCUUCGCUGGCAUAUGGGCUGUCGGCGUGUGACCAGAGGAAAUGCGAGAAGCUGACGCUGCUGAUCCUCAGCAACAUUCUCAGUGCUCCGUUCCAUGAGCCUGUCAGCCCUCUGGCCCGUCAUUAUUAUCAGAUCAUCAAGAAACCCAUGGAUUUGUCUGUCAUUCGGAACAGGCUCAGCAGAACCGGCAACACACACUAUUGUUCCCCGCAAGAGUUUGUUGCUGAUGUCCUGCUCAUGUUCAAAAACUGUGCCAAGUUCAACUACUCGGACUCAGAGGUUGCUCAGGCAGGCCAUAGUCUACAAUCCUUUUUUACAUCCAAACUGAAGGAGGUUUUCCCAGAUCUGACCUGCCCUGUCCAGGAGGAGGAGGAUUCAGACAAUGAGGAUUAUGAGGAGCUGGAGAGAGCCAUGGUGACUGGAUUUCCCUGGCCUGAGAGAAAAGACCAGAGCCACAGGAAGAGGAAGAGGAGACACUCCCUCAACUGGAGGAGAAAUCACUAUUAGUUGUGCCUCUAUAUAUAUGUACAGAGACAUUUGACCCACUUGCUCUGAGUUUUCCAUCCUGGAUGACUUGCUGUUAGUUUGUUUUUUUAAAGAUUCAUGUUGAAAUACAGUAUAUGCUUUUUCUGAGGACUAAUCUCACACAUUAUAUCCUGUUAAUGUGUCAUGCUGUUAUCUGUAGCUGUGGGUAGGUGUUGAUAUAAGCCUAUAUCUCCAGACUUCGCCUAAGGUCUUGCACAAGUAUUUAUUCCAAUGCUUAUACUUACAUGAAACUGUACAAUCAAUUUGAUAGCCGACUGGUUGCUGGCAACUGCUGUUUAGUAAAUAUAUAGAUAAGCAACAUUCACUGGGAAUAUUAUAAGAUAUAAUUGCUUUAAAUUUCCUUCCUCUUUUUAUCCAAAUAUCCCUUGUAAUGAGGUACCUUUUCCAGCUGUUUUACUGUGAUGAUUUUAUUGACCUGUAGAGGGAGCACUUCAUAUAGCCUGUGGCAACAAAUUAGUUCAUAUUGGACUUUUUCAGUGGCAGGAGGAUGUGCGUAAUGUGACUGAAACCCACAAACCCUUUUUAGAAUUAAAGGGGGAUAAUAUUAGGCUGUUGCUACACAACUGUGAUGUUUUAAAUUCAUCUUUUAAAUGCUCAUUGACUAAUGAGACAAAAAAGUCUUUUCACAGAUGUAUGGAACACUUUUUAGUCCAGCAUGUUCCUCCAUGUGGUUCACAAACAGGUUUGAUAUUUGUAUGUUUUCUGAAUUUUUUAAUACUGGUCUUAAUUGCUGAAAUUGCUGUGCAGAUCAUGUUAGGUCGUCUUCUAAUGCUAUUAACUAUCUUUAGCUGGAUUGUAUUUAGUCUUAAAUAUAUAUAUAUACUGUAUGGUGUAAAUAUGCAAUUCAUACUUUGAUGUUUCCUUCUGCUACACAAACAACAUUGCUUGUCCCUAAUGUUUUUAAAAUCAGACUUGAAACGCACCUCAUUUAAAUAUAUAGUCAGUUAUGGAUGGAAUGUUGCCGGUUGGACCUUCAAGACUUUGCAGAAUUUAAAUCAGAGCCUUACAUAUUGGUGCACUGAAGUCACUAAAGAAAUAUCUGAGUGAUUUUUUUUUUCUGAAGGCCUUUCUAGCAUUAUCACCAAUGGCCUGCCAGAAGUAAACUAAUUUUAUCGCAAAUGAAUCAUGCAAGUAAUUGCUUUUCCAAAAACAACUGUUAACUUCUAGCUUUGAUUGAAAUGUACAAAAUAAGAGGUUAAAACUACAUCUGGAAAUUUUCAAUAUAAUUCGCUGUGUCAACA